CGAUAUUGUGACGAAAUAGGCCUAUAGAGGGCGCUUGCUAGAAAUAGUGUCAGGGCCAGCCAGAGUUGUUAUAUAUAUACAUAGGGACUGUGUGUGGACUCAGUUCAGUUCAGUUAGGUAGUUCAAUCAGUGCAGGUGGUUGUGUUACAUAAGUGGUCAGUGCAUGCAUGCUGCAGUGCACUCAAGUCAGUUUCAGUUCAGAGUUUAUCACAGUUAGACCUCCAAUUCAGGGUGCAAUCCCUACAGUUCUGCUUUACAUUUAUAUUUGUUGAAGACCUCGAUUGUUCGGAGGAUACGUGCUGUUAACUUCUGAGUAAUAAAGACAAGUUGAAAGAUGGCUCCAUCCAGAAAGGCGAUCUUUUGCAGAGAUUGCGGAAGAAAAUUCUAUGACGGACAGGAACUAAGAAGGCACGUCAGAGAAAAACACCAAUUGGAGGAAAGACAGGAGGACAGGGGACGAGAGGAGCCAGAAAAGAGGAAACACAGAUGUGAACGAUGCAAAUAUAAAACAACAAGAUCCUCCAACCUCCGGCGCCACAUGAUGUUGGUGCACGAGAAGAACUUCUGUUCAAGAGACCCACUUGGUUUGGAUGUAACAAGCACAGGUACGUCGCAGGGACUGCAUCCAAUUAGUCCAGUAGCGAUUUCUGUCACCACUUCAAAUGGAUUUCAGACGCCACCAGCCCCUCAGCGCCCUUCUGGCAAGCCCCUUGCAAUGCUGAUGCAAAGUAUGGAGGACACGGAUGAGGAGGAGGAGAAACCGACGUCUCCAGCACAACCCACAGAAACCCCUUUGACUCAGCCUCUACCUGAACCUGUUCUGUCACUUUCAUCUGCUUUCUCUUCACGGCCCGAACCUGCUUCAUCUCCAUCUGCUCUAUCUACGCAACUUGUACCAUCUUCUGUCUCUUCCGAAUCGUCUUCUGGGUCUAUCCUUGUCACUGUCGUCGAGAAGAGGGUCCAACGCUUUUAUUCGCGAGGAAAACUUAUCCGACAAAAGGACUCAACAGAAACAUUUUUACAGCUUGUGCCUGCUGCUUGGGACCAGCAACAGGACUGCCACCACCAACUGCAGAAGUGAUUUAAGAGACUGUAUUCCCGUCUAUUCCUGAUGCCUUGAUAUGUUAUGUAUUUUGUUUUUAAAUGAAAAUGGAAUUCUUUCUUUCUUUUGCACUUUUCCAUUCUCUUCUCUAAUGCUCCUUCUACCUUCUCUAUCUUGUAUCUUCCUACUAUUUUUCUUCAUUCUUUGAGUUUCAUGUUGUCAUUCAUGAUCGCCAUUUUUUUGUUGUUGUAAAUAUGUACAGUACCUGAUUUAAACAAACUGCCAAAAACUAUUUUUGUAUUACUGCCUUUAACUCAUGUGCAUAAGGAAGUUAGAGAUAUCUUUUUAUAGUGCGAUGAUGAUACACCUUGAUCUUGAUACCUCGGGUUAGUUUAAUUGUGUAAACUAAACAUUUGGUGCAGUUUUGUCUCGAUAUGAUAAGUUUAUGUUUUAUUGCUGGGCAAGCACUUACAUACUCUUGCCGAUUCUUUUUGAUAGUUCCAUAUAUUUUGAUCAGUACAUUGUGUCAUUCCAGUAUUGUGCCAAAAUGCAGUAUUAUUGCCUUUUAUGCCAUAAAGUUUUUUUACUAUGUUUUAUACCAAAAAGUCUAUUUUAUAUAAAGCUGAUGUUUUCUAUGAGAUAUUUUUUUAUGCAUAUUGUGUAUGUUACGUAUUUCUUUACCUUGAUGACUAGUUUGGUACUGAGUAGUCGUUACAUUUUUUUUAAAGUUUACAAUGUGUUUUUUCGUUAGGUCAUUAUGUUUUGACAUUGAUAUUUUAUAACUCGCUAUUUCGUCAUUCUGUUUUAAAGUUAUUUUUUUUGAAACAGGGAUGUUUCAAAGUUAGUGGGGGGUCAUGUGACGAAAUAGGCCUAUAGAGGGCGCUUGCUAGAAAUAGUGUCAGGGCCAGCCAGAGUUGUUAUAUAUAUACAUAGGGACUGUGUGUGGACUCAGUCAGUUCAGUUAGGGAGUUCAAUCAGUGCAGGUGGUUGUGUUACAUAAGUGGUCAGUGCAUGCAUGCUGCAGUGCACUCAAGUCAGUUUCAGUUCAGAGUUUAUCACAGUUAGACCUCCAAUUCAGGGUGCAAUCCCUACAGUUCUGCUUUACAUUUAUAUUUGUUGAAGACCUCGAUUGUUCGGAGGAUACGUGCUGUUAACUUCUGAGUAAUAAAGACAAGUUGAAAGGUA